UGUGUGGUAGUGUGUGUGUGUGUAUAGUAGUGUGUGUGUGGGGUGAAGGCUUGUUAGCGAGAUAAACAAGCAGCCAGCCAGCAGCACAGAGCAGUCGGAGGAACAUGGCGGCAGCACAGUCAGCUAGCGGUAUGUCUGUUUCCCCUCAACGGAAGGUCAGACCGGGUUUAACACACGGGAUUUAACACAACACAAGCGACGGAAAGUUACACGUCGUGGAACGACCCUGCUGGGAGAUUUAAUCUGACUCCAACUGUCCCCAAAUCCAACCCUCCUGUCAGUGUGAGGCCGGUUAGCUGAGUGAUUCAGGCUCCGUGUCAGUCCUGGCAGCCGUGCCGGUGUGUGUGGCUGUUGAGAUUACACCAGGUGUUAAACACACCGUGUCCCUGCCAAGUGGAGGAGUGGAGCUCAGCCCUGGAGAACUACCACGUCUAGGUUCUGUCCUUACAACCUGGACAGACGCUGAUAUGCAGUGAGGAUGAGUGGCGUCGGUGAAAACCUCUCGGAACCUGCUGCCAGGGCCGAGUCACGGAAACGCAAAGAAUGUUCCUCUGACCUACUGGGUCCCAGCCUCAAACGAAGCAUCGAGAAGAGAAACCGUGAGCAAGAGAACAAGUACACCGAGGAGCUGGCCGAGCUGAUCUUCGCCAACUUCAACGACAUCGAUGACUUCAACGUCAAGCCUGACAAAUGUGCUGUCCUGAAGGAGACUGUCAAACAGAUACGACAGAUCAAGGAGCAAGAGAAAGCAGCAGCAGCCAAUGAGGAGGAGGUACAGAAGGCAGAUAUCUCAUCAACGGGCCAAUCAGUCAUCGACAAGGAGGCUCUCGGACCAAUGAUGCUGGAGGCCCUGGACGGGUUCUUCUUCGUGGUGAAUAUGGAGGGUAACAUUGUGUUUGUGUCUGAGAACGUGACCCAGUACCUGCUGUAUAACCAGGAGGAGCUGAUGAACACCAGCAUCUACAGCGUCCUGCACGUAGGAGACCACGCUGAGUUCAUCAAGAACCUGCUGCCCAAGAGCCUGGUGAACGGUGUGCCAUGGUCCAGUGAAGGUCCCAAGAGGAACAGCCACACAUUUAACUGUCGUAUGCUGGUCAACCCUCACAGUGACAACAGGGAUGAAACCAUCAACCCUCACAGUGACAACAGGGACGAGACCAACGACCAUGAGGGACAGAAACAGAAAUACGAAGCCAUGCAGUGUUUCGCUGUCUCCGAACCCAAGAGCAUCAAGGAGGAGGCAGAAGACUUCCAGUCAUGUCUGAUUUGUGUGGCUCGCAGGAUGCCCAUGAAGGCGGUGCCAAUUCUUCCCGCGCACGAGAGCUUCACCACCCGCCAGGACCUGCAAGGUAAGAUCACGUCACUAGACACCAGUCUUCUGAGAGCCUCUAUGAAGCCUGGCUGGGAAGACCUGGUGAGGAGAAGCAUCCAGAGGUUUCACCUACAGAACGACGGAGAGAUGUCCUUCGCCAAGAGACACCAACAAGAGGUGUUGCAUCACGGCCAGGCAUUCAGCCCCAUCUACAGGUUCUCUCUGUCAGACGGGACCAUCGUGUCGGCUCACACCAAGAGCAAGCUGGUCCGCUCCCCUGCCACCAACGAACCUCAGCUCUACAUGUCUCUACACCUGCUACAGAGGGAACAGUCAAGGUCUGAUCUGGGCCCGGGUCAAGACAUGGGGCCCGGUGGACAGGGGCCAGGGAUCAGCCCCAACCCCUCCAUAACCCCUCCAACCCAGGGGACCCUCUCUGGUUUGGGCCCCCAGGGACAGGACACUACAAUCAGCUCCAACAUCACAUUCUGUUCCCCUCCUCAUGGAAGUCCAGGGUCCAGAGAACCAGGGCUCGGAGCCAUGGGGCCAGGGUCCAGAGAACCAGGGCUCGGAGCCAUGGGGCCAGGGUCCAGAGAACCAGGGCUCGAACCCAUGGGGCCAGGGUCGGAACACAUACAGGACUACCACUACGGCUGCCCCCCCCAGCCCAUGGGCCACUCCGGAGGGUUACAGGGAGGCAUGAACUUCCCCAUCCACCCUAACCAGCAAGGGGCUAACUGGAGGAUGAGCAGCCCGUCUCGAAGCAGCCCUAGCCCAGCCGGAGGGCCCCACCUGGGGCAACAGAUUUCUAUGUUGUCCCCUAGGCACAGGGCGAGUCCAGGGAUGGCAGGGAGCCCUCGCGUGGCCCCAAGCCUGCACUCGCCCUCCCCUGUGGGGAUGUGUGGGUCUGGAACAGGGGUUGCAGAAGGAGGUAGCGGUCCUGCGGCUAACAGUCAUGCUAACAGCCAUGCUAACAGUCAUUCUAACAGCCAUGCUAACAGUCAUGCUAACAGCCAUGCUAACAGCCAUGCUAACAGUCAUGCUAACAGCCAUGCUAACAGCCAUGCUAACAGCCACAGCUACGGCAGUAGUUCUCUGUCGGCCCUGCAGGCUCUGAGUGAGUGUCACGGGGUCAGACAAGGCAGUGGUGAACACACACACCCUCACGGCGCAGGGGGCCAGCAUCCUCAAACACACACCCCGGGAUCACCUGACAGGAAGACGAUGGGAUCGCCCGCUGGGAUGGUGUUGGGAUCAGGAGUCAACCCUCACACGAUGUCGAAGCUUGGCGGCGGUAAGGGAAAUGGGGACUCUUUGGGCGGAGAGCAGGAACAGGGUCAGGGUGGACAGUAUGACCAGAGACAUACAGACGGGAACGGUACCCACGGUAACCACGGUAACCACGCUGACAUCACAGAGGAGAGGGAUGGUCUCGACGGUGGCCCCGACGCACAGAGCCGUAGACAACGCUGUGACAACAAGGGCCACACCAAACUCCUCCAGCUUCUCACCACCAAGUCCCAACCCCUCGACACCCCUUUGUCCCCCAACGGAGGAGGGGACCCCAAGGACCCCUCGUCAGGGCUGGGGGGCCCUUACGCUUCAGGGGCCCCAGGGGGCCACGCCACCUCCCUAAAGGAUAAACACAAGAUACUUCACAGGCUGCUCCAGAACAGCACCUCUCCUGUGGACCUGGCCAAGCUCACCGCUGAGGCCACGGGCAGGGAGCUGGGGGAGCAAGGUGGGUGUGGUAACAGACAGACAGGACACGGUACGGACGGGAACCUCACACCCAAACAGGAGCCCCUGAGUCCCAAUAAGAAGGACAACGCCCUGCUGAGGUAUCUGAUGGAGAAAGAGGAGGGUGGGCUGAAGGCGAGGCAGGAGAAGACGGAGGGAGCAGGAGGGCAGGUGAAGACGGAGAAACAGGAUUCAGGAUACGACCGCACUGAACAGUCUUCAGAGUUGGAUGAAAUCCUCGAUGAGCUGCAGUGUGUCCAGCCCUCCUCCCUCCCCUCCUCCCUGGACAAACAGACCAUCAUCAACGACAUACUGCACAUCACCCAGGAAACCAGCCCUGGCAACCCCAACGCCAUGGCAACACAGCAGCAGCAGAGGGGCAUGCAGCGAGGCUUGGGGCCAGGCAACUACGGAUGUCCGGGGGGCCAGGGUCCAGGUAGGGGUUUGCCUUUGAGGAGUGUAUCCCUGGAUGUGAACAUGUCAGGGGGCCGGCCCCCACAGGGCCAGUAUCCCCCCAUGAGGACCCCCAGCCCCUACACACUACAGCAGCAGCAAGGCAUCUUGGGAAACCACUCCGCCAUGAUGUCCAACCAGGCCAACCUCGCAGGUCUAGUGAGUGGUCCUCGGCAGGGCAUGCAGCACCAGCAGGAGGAGGGGGGUUGGGGUCCUGGGGGCCCGGGUCAGAGCGGUUCAGCCUCGGUCCCUCCUCCUGGGGCCCCAGGUCAGCAGGGGACGAUGCACAGCCGUAUGGGGCCCAACCCUGGAGGCGCCGGGGGCCUCAUGAGACCCAGCAGUCUACCAGGACCUGCACCCAGGCAGAUGCUGCAGUCGCAGAUGAUGGCCAACGAGAUGGGCAUGCGGGCCCACCAAUUCUCCCAGCAACAGGCUCCACCCAAUCAGACGGCUCCAUGGCCAGACAGCAUGAUACCUAUUGAGGCCUUCAACCAGAACAGAUCUGUGUAUGCCCCCCAGCAGGAGGAGGAGGUGUUGUGUGGGGGUCCGGGGCCCGGGGGCCAGGGGACUGGGGGUCCUGGUGAGGGGGGUUCUAGUGAUGAGGGGGCUCUCAUGUCACAGCUCUACACAGUGCUGAAGGACUUUGAUGGCCUGGAGGAGAUAGACAGAGCCCUGGGGAUACAUACUCUGAUGGGACAGGGUCAGUCUGUAGAUCAGGACCAGUUCUCUUCAGACCCGUCCAUGUUGUUGGACCAGAAGCCUCCAGUGUACGGCCAGCAGGACCCCCCACCCGGCUCCCAUCUAGCCCAGAGAGGAUACCACGACCCUGGGUCCGGCAGACCCAUGCAGGAACCCCCACCAGGCUCCCAUCUAGCCCAGAGAGGAUACCACGACCCUGGGUCCGGCAGACCCAUGCAGGACCCCACAGGGCAAGGCUUCCACCCUAUGGCUGGCCAGAUGAGCCCCAGACCAGGAUACCCCAUCAUGAGGAUGCAGCAACGACCGGGGCUGAGGCCCCAAGGGUUGGUUCCUAACCAGCCUAAUACACUGAGGUUACAGCUGCAGCACCGGCUACAGAACCGCCAGCCAAUGAUGAUCCAGAUGAGUGGAGUGUCCAAUAUGAACCAAACUUUACAGUCCAACAACCCCAACCAGGGGACCAUCAAUGCUCAGAUGUUAGCCCAGCGUCAGCGGGAGCUGCUCAGUAACCACCUCAGACAGCGCCAGCUGGAGCACCAGAGACAACAACAACAACAACAACAACAGAGGAAUAUGGUGAUGAGAGCCCAGGGACUCAACCUACCUCCCAAUAUGGCCGCCGCCAACAUGGCUGCUGCAAGUGGCCAAUCAGGAGGGCUGAGUAACCCCCGGAUCCCCCAGACCACCAACCCUCAGCAGUUCCCCUUCCCACCCAGCUACGGUAUGUCCCAGCAGCCUGACGGAGGGUUUGGAGGACCCACCACGCCCCAGAGUCCCCUGCUGUCCCCCAGGAUGGCCCACGCCCAGUCUCCCAUAAUGCAACAGCAGGGCCAGGGCAAUGCCGCAUUCCAGGCCUUGCCUGACAUAAACGGUUGGCCCCCGCAGGGGAACAUGGGAGGGAACAGUAUGUUCAGUACUCAGCAGUCUCCGCCCCAGUUCACCCAGCAGCAGACUAACGGGUGCGCGGCCAUGUACAACAGCAAUGGAAUGAACCACAAUGUCUCCAUGGCAACCAACGCCAGCAUGGGUCAGAUGGCUGGACAGAUGGACAUCACCUCACCUGAGAUCACCUCCAUGGGACAAGAACCGAAAUACUGCUAACCCUGGUGGAGCGUUCAGCCAACCAGCACCUUGAUGCUAGUACCCAGGAUCCAAUGAGCUCGCUGGUUCAUCUUCAACCAAUCAACCAACGGCUCUUUGAAUGGACCUGGCAGUGUCCUGACCCAGCUCUACCCAGCCCAACCCGAUCUCCAACCUCACCCACCUGGCAUAAACUGUGCCUCUUAUCUGCCCCUACUGGGAGGCCCAGGGGUGAAGGGGGGGGGGGGAUAGGGCAAAGAUGGGACUUCUAUUGGACUUCAGAGCCAGGGCCCUGGUCGAAAGCACCGCAACACACAGAGUUUAGGAAGGCAAGCCUAAAACACCUCUCUAAAGGAGAACCCGUGAGCCUGUCUGUCAGUCUGUCCGUCCGUCCGUCUGUCUGUGUCUGUCUGUCUGUCUGUCUGUCUGUCUGUCUGUCUGUCUGUCUGUCUGUCUGUCUGUCUGUCUGUCUGUCUGUCUGUCUGUCUGUCUGUCUGUCUGUCUGUCUGUCUGUCUGUCUGUCUGUCUGUCUGUCUGUCUGUCUGUCUGUCUGUCCAGCCUGCAUUCCUCUAAGUGUGACUAACGCUAGGUUCAUGACUAAGUGGAAAAGGCAGACAUACCAGUUGGACGUGCUUUGAACUCGUUGAGAAAUACUGAUUGGCCAAUAAGCUACGUCAAACCAUCAACUUAAAAGUACAGCUUUGUAAAACAAAUUAUAAUGUUCAAAAACUUUUUUAAUAGAUUUCUUUUUAUAAAUAAUGUUUUGUUGCAUUUAAACUGCCAUGAAAAACGCUUGUUAUCGAGGUCGUUUCCUUAGUAGGUGACAUCAGAGGUCGGCAUGUGGGAGAAGUAGGAGCUCAGGGAUGAUGGAUGAGUCUACCACUAGUUAGUUUACCGCCAGUUUGAGGGGCGUUUCCCUGUCGUUUGUGGUAACUACCACUUUCCCACUUGGUUAUUGACGCAGAGUUACUGUAGACCCCUUCCCAUCUACUGUAUGACUAUAGGCCCCUCCACCUUCAAAAAGGUCCCUCCCCCUCUGGGUGAUUGACAGUAGGCCCCUCGCUCUUUGCCUGGAGGCCCCAUAGAGGCUCCUCCCCCUCUGGUUUGACUGACUGACUACUGGUGGCAGCAGUGGGAUCCUCCUCAGAUGAAUGUAUUCUUUAGUGGUCAGCUGCCAUUUUUACAAUCUCAUCUCAAGAAAAUGUCAACUGUUUUUUUUUUUUUUUUUUUUUCACCUCGCUUUGAUCCCCCACUUCUUCUUCGGGUUCCUCUCACGUUCCAACCCAUUCUACCUUCUACCGUUUUCUGCGUUCCACAAUGGCAGCAAACUGUGACUGUGAUGUUACGUUUUGGAUCCUGGAGGACAGCGGAGGGAGGGAGCGGAACAGCUGACUACUUUCAGUUGUUUUUGUCUUCUUUUUGUGUAGUUUUGUUUUUGUAAAGACGAUGAGUGAAAGCUGACGAGAAAUGGUUUGAAAACCGAUCUUGGAAAGCACAGUAGAUUAAUGGUUUGAUUUAAAGUAAUGCUUUGUAUUAUAAUUAGAGACAUUUAGUCAAAAGGUUUAUAGUGUAUUAAAUUAAGUUGUAUUUUUCUGUAUAGAUGUUGUUUUUUUAUAUUAGAUUUAUUAUCGUAGCAAAACAAGAUGAUUAUUUGUAAAUCGGUGGAAAGUGAGUAAAAAUAACCUUUUUUUCAUACUCUUAUCAAUUUGAAAUAAUAUGGAUUUAACUUUGGUCCGGUAGUUUCAUCAGAAGGUAUUGACGGUUCAAGGAAACCAAAUACAGACAGAUUGUACAUACAAGUUAACAACAGAGUUCCAUUUCCUAUUCAUCGUGGGUUUUGUCCCUGUCUGGUCUGGACUACCAUCUGCUAUAAGAGAAGAGUGGUGUGUUUUGUGUUGUUUGUUUGAGAAGAGGAGAGUCACACCGGUAUGGUACAGGAGUGGGUGGGGUUAUCUUUGU